UCUGGGCAAACCUUUUCAAAAGCUUUCUUCCCAAGCCAGAGUAAACAAUUGAGCCGCGGCAGCUUAUGAGUAAGAAGCUCACCGCUCGAUUUUUCAGCCAUGUAUUCCAUUCCAUGAGACAAUAACCCCUCUCUCUUUCCGACCAUCAUUCACUUCUUACCAAUCCCCACGCUCAACCUCCAAGAUGGCCAGCCCUCCUCCGCCGCCGGGAAUCUCCAUCUACGCCGAGCUCCUCCAGAACAUCCGCCAGGUCUCCGUCGCCGCCUCCCUGUCGUCGCCCGCCAACGCCUCCACCGCCGCGACCGUCGCCCCGAACGGCUCCACCAUCCGCCUCCGCCACGACGGCCUCGACGCCAGCCUCGCCCUCCCCGCGCGCGUCGCCGCCCCUCCUUCGGCCCUGCCCAUCCCGUCCGCAGCACCCUCGUCGUCCCUGGCGUGGAGACUGCCCCUCCUCCUCCUCGCGCCGGGCCACCAGGUGCGGCAGGAGCAGCACCGCUCGGACCUGGAUGCCGUCCCUUGGCCGGCCACGGCGCUGCUGCCGGGCGGGCCGGUGGGCUGUCGUGGGUGCGGUGGAUUGGUAGUGGGCGUGGGGAGGGUGCGUGCGUGGAAGGACCUGCCGAGCGAGAAUUGGGCUGAGAUGAUGGAGUUUUGGCACUGUCAUAAGCCUGGGGAUCACGGGCAUGGGCAUGGUGGCCAUGGGGAGGCGGAUGGGCGGGCGGAUGAGAAGAGCCUUGCUGCUAGAGGAUAUGGUGCCGACUCGGCCAUAUCGGCACAGGAGGGUGUUGGGUUUGUGGACUUGACGUCGUUCUUGUUUUCUGAGGGGGAUUGUGAGGGUAUCUUGUAUUCGCUGGCCUCGGGAACGGGGUCAACAGAUAGGUCUGCCCUGAUGGAAGAGGAAGCGGACGACGUUCGCCGAACCAUCCAUAUAUCCUGUGCUGGCUGUGAAGCUCGGCUGGGAUAUUUCAACCAAAGGACCUCGGCCGUCACACUCUUCAAAUGGCAAGUGUCAUGCACGACCAAGGAAUCGGCCACCUCCCUUCCGUCUCAACUCCCACCCCAGCCCACCGUCGCCGAGUGCCUAUCCGCAACCCUGAUCGCGACCACCUCGCGCUCCGGCUCCUCCAAAUCUCUCCUCGUCCCCAUCCCCGAAGGCGGGCCCGCCUCCGCCCCCGCCACCGCAACGGCCUCGCUCCACCUCUGGACCCUCAACAACACCAUCCGCUACUCGUCGACGGCCCUCGCCGACCCGACCACGCCCGUCCCGGCCAUGAAACUGCUCUACCGCACCGUCGGCGCGGCCGAGGCGGACCGCAUGCUCGACGCCGUCGCGUCCGACGUACAGGAGGUGGGCGGCCUCCCCGCCGACGCCGUCGCCGCCGUGGCGGCGGAGCUAGAGGUCGGGACCGCGUUGUUGCCGCCGGCAGAGAGGGAGUUUAGGGGCUGGCAGGUUGGGUUGUUGAGGAGGUGGGAGGGGGGUUGAGAGCGGGGGGUGGUUGGGCUGUUGGGUUAUGUGCUUUAGUUUGAGCCCUUGCUUUGCGGGGCGAGAGCUGGCUCAGCCUGCUUUCGGGUAGUAGGUUGGGGGAUUGAUGUGCGGAA